AUGGCUGGUGAUCCUCAGCCCACGCCUCCCGGCUCAAGGAAGAUUCCUCUUUACUGGCCUAUAGCACGAGCUCCCAUUCCGGCCACUCCAGCCCCUCGCAUCUACAGAUACACUGCGACCGCCCUAGGCGCAAGCAUGUGGUUCUUCUUGAUGUACCGAGCGAAGAAAGAUGGCCCUGUCUUGAUGGGCUGGAAGCACCCGUGGGACCACUAG